AACAAAGCACUAAAAAAGUAGACCACUCUGGUUCAGUUCAGAGCAAAAUGGGGUGAUGGUGACCUCUGGAUGACCUAAAGAAUAAUCUUUAAUAUCUCAGAAACCAUAGCAGUACAAAUGAAAAUUUUAACUGCACAAACCUUCACAAAGGAAGCACUAACCAUUCUGUAUAUUUACAGGAAUUUUUCAUGUGGGUGGGUGUCAGCUUUACUCAGCUCUUGUAAUGUAUACAUUGGAAGCACUUUCAGAAAAUACUACUGUACACCUUACCUUUUUGAUGACACUGGAGUUGGUGUAUAAUAUGUAGCUUAUAAAUAGGCACCAAAUCAAACGCAUUGUCAUCACUUAUUUUAAGGAGUACAUUUGACCCACUCAAGUUUAAGAUUCUAUAAAGAGAUUCCUUAAAACACAAUUUAAUCUGGAAAUCUUUAUUCUAUUUAUUAAAAAGAAACACAAAAAUUGCAUUUUCUGUACUUUUUAGGCAUUAGGACCGCCUAAAAUUUAAAUUAGCAUGAGAAGCUCAAUAUAUAGAUUUGCUACAGUUUGUAAUUAGUUAAACUAAACUUUAUUUAAAUUAAAAGAAUAUUCUCAGAAAUAUUGUUAACUUGUCCGUCUGUUUUAAUGAUCAGAUCAGUAUCUUUAGCUCAGUCAUAAAACUCACAUCUGUUUAAACAUAUGUCUUUAUCAAAGAGCAUAGAAUAAGUUUGGGUUUAGCAUCUAGGUUUCAACAUUAUAACCGUAUGUCCAUGUUGCUCAGCUUGUCAUGGAGUGAUGGGUUCUCCACCCACUGAAACUAUCUUCCAGCAUGCCAGGGAAUAAGGAGACAGUCGCAAAGCCCAUGGGCAGAUGCUGGGGAACUAGGCAAUUAGGCAUCGCCUAAUUUCUCUAUUUUCCUAAUAAGCCACAAAGUAAACAGUUUUUUGUGUACAAGAGGCCUCAGUGGAGAGUGAGUAUGUGUUUGGUCAUGUGUGGGGCAGCAGAAGGAGGGCCUUACUCAGGCUGACUUUUUAUAUCAACCUCUACCUCAGUGAAUUCACAGUUUUAAAAGUAUCAUCAUAUGAACAAUUUUUUAAACAGUAGAACAACCAAACAACCAGACAUGAACUUUUUCAGUUUGUUGCAUUAUGUCAUAAAAUAGCAUCUAGAAAUUAUUUUUGAAAUGUGCAGUUUCAUUAAACUUUCCAUUUUUACUCAGAAGUAAAAAGGCCCAAGUAUUAAGUUAGAUAAAUUAAAUAAAAAGAUCAGCUGUCAGAAUCUUAUGUGUGAACAUUAGAUGUUUCCUACCAACCCUGACCCCAAAAUCCAAUAUUGCUUCCUUGCAUAAAAAACUUAGUGAUAAGAUGACAACAAAACACUAACAUUUCCUCAUCCCUUAAAAAUGCUGCUUUUGUUAUUGGAGUCACAAGGUCACCAAGCAAAUGCAGUGCAGCCACUGUUUUUUAAUAAUAACAGGGGCGAUAUGGGUUCUGUUUCAGAUCAAAUCUUUCACAAAGUACUAUAAAACUCCCUUUAGCACAAAAAAACCACAGGGAUUUGUCACUGGUUUAAUGCCUUCCACUUCAUGUGGCUCAUAUGGGGAGUUCUCUUAAUUUUAACUAAUGAACUUCUCUUUUGAGAAGUUUGUGAAAAAAACAAUCAUGAAUUUGCCUUAAAAACUCGGUUGUUUUUAUGUGAUUAUAUGAUUAUGAGGGGCCGUUAAGGACAUUUUUCUGAAUUUACUCUCAAACCCACUAAUGAAAUGCUACAUUCUCUCACACAUUCUUCUGAUUACCACUAAAUGGUAGCCCAGUUACUGUAAUUGGUCUUUUCACCAUAGUUUACAACCUAUGCCAACAAACAUUUUCAUACCUAGUAGUGAAGUCGGUUUAAAACGUAAUUUAUCAUACUUGAAAAUAAAUUCAACUGAAGUAUUAUGCAAGCAAACAGCUUGGUAUAUGCAUGCUAAAAUGGUUCCUGGAGCCAUAAUGACAGCAUGACUAAAAAUACAUAAUUUCAGCCAUUCACAGGCCAGCCAGUACCACCUCUCUCGUUUGAAAAUCAAUGCAUCUGCUGCCAAGGAAACACGUCACCCUCUGAUAUUUUAUUGCUCAAGAUACACUGCUAAUGUAAGGUGUAAUGCUGAAAGCUUGGCAUCCCUCACUCCCCCUGCUUAUUCAUGGGUUAUGAUAGCUGAACUUGUUUGAAAAGGCUUCGUUUACAGAAAAUUGAUUUGAUUUCUCUGUAUCCAUUCAUCUUGUCCUUUUCUUUCUGUGAAAAUGAGUCCCUACCCUCAGGGGAUGUUUCUUCAUCCUAAAAUUCCAAUUUUUGGUGUAGUUGAGCUUUUAUUACUCUGUAAAUCAUUGCAGCAGUUUUGCUCUAUGAGGCAUAACUACAGCCACAAAACAAGACUCCAGCAGCCAAAGAGACAAUCAAUCAAAUCAACUGCCUGCAGUACUGUUUGUUUCCUUUAAUGACCUAGAGUUUCCUGUUGGGUGUGUUUCAAAUGACCAUUUUAGCUGGGAUGCAUUUAUAAACCGGGAGAGAGCAGAUAUUUCUUUCGAACAUUUAAGAACAAUAUUAAGCACAAGUACCUCUGGUGUUUACAAGAUUCGAGCAAAACAAGAUCAUUUCUUGGCCCCUAUUCAGACAGGAUUGGGUUUAUAAGCAUGACUUUAUAAUGCCGCAUGGUCUCAUGUUUCUGUCUGCAAAGAAUUUUUUUAAUUUUUAUCAAUAAUUUCAAUUUCAUCAUUGCCUUCACAUUUGCCAUAUUACAUUAAUCUAGACCAGUUUUAGGGCACAAGGCAAGACAGAUUUGCUAAUUUCACACAUAUUACCAGAUAUUCUAAUGUGAAGCUUACCUUCACCUUCAAAAGUUUAAGACUUCUGCUAAAAUUUGCGUCUGGGGUUGUUUGUUAUGAUGCAUAAUCGACUGUGCCAGACUCGGCCUUGGGGACGUUAAUCAUUUUCAUGUCACUGAUAGACAGCUAUGCUAAAAAGAAUGGCAGCUGGGAGAAGAAGUAAACAGCUCAUUCUGCCAAAAGGUUGCCAGAAGCUCCUUCAAAUUUAUUCUCUGCUGGGUAAGAUCAAGAGAUAUUUGAGACUACAGAUUCAUAUAAAUGAGUGAUGUCUAAUGUUGAGAAGAAAUUACCAAUGUAUUUCAAAGACAAGUAAUGGUAGUGUGGGAUGUUGAUUAAAUAUUCAGCAUGGGCCCAGCUUGUUGCUCUUGUGCUUUGCUGUCUUUAAAAAAGUAAUUAUGAAAGAUGAAUUUAGUUUAAUAUAGGCUAAUGGGGCAUAAUGAUGCUCGUCAUUACCAGGCUCCAACCCUUUUACACACUAAUUGCAAUAUUUAUGAGCCAAUUUUAGCAUAUUUGCAUGAGUUACACUUGGAAUUAAAUAUAUGGAAGGGUUAUAUCUAUGUAUUUCAUUCAUUAUGUCAUAUUUGAUAAAUUUAAAAUGGCACUGCUUGUUUCCAGAGGAUGCUCAUGAGCACGGUAUCCUGGCAUCACUUGAUGUCCAAGCAGCAGAAGGUUUGGCCUAAAUUUAUCCAUAUAACUAUUUGGUCAGCAAUUUCUGUCCAACAGCCUACAGCCAAUCUCCAUGGUAACCAGCUGCUGUUAUACUUGGCAAUACUGUAGGUGACAGCAAUCCUCACCACUAUUAAUGCUUUGAAUUUUAACUCAGCAUCAGGAUGUCUUCAUAGCAGACACAUCGUUUUGGCAUCUGGAUGGAUGGAUGUUAGCAGGAAGCACAUUGAGGUUGAUUCAGAGAUGUUGCCAUGGUAGCGGUGCACCUUGGGUGCUGACAACCAUGUUGACUGCAAGUUUGAGUCUGCUGUUUCUCCUCCCCUUGGUUUGCUGCAUCCCCUCUACAUCCAGAUCUCCACCCAGACUCUGCAGACGAUGCUGCGACCAGCUGGAUCCUCCAGUGACCACAGCUUAUUAUCAAAUGCCUGAAGUCAAAACUGUCAUCAACAUGACCAUUCUCAAAGGUGAUAAAGGUGACAGGGGAGACAAAGGCACACCUGGGAAACCAGGUCUGGAGGGACAUCCUGGACAGCGAGGACCCAUAGGGCUAAAAGGAAGCAAAGGCCAUGCAGGUGCUCCCGGGGAUGCCUGCAAGAUCCCUCACUCUUCCUUUUCCGUUGGGCGUCGCAAGUCUCUGCACAGCGUGGAAUACUACCAGGCUUUGAUAUUCGACACGGUGUUCGUCAAUCUCCAUGAGCACUUCAACAUGUUUAAAGGGAAGUUCUACUGCUACGUGCCAGGGAUCUACUUCUUCAACAUCAACAUCCACACCUGGAACUUCAAGGAGACCUACCUGCACCUUAUGCACAAUGAUAAGGAGAAAGUGAUCCUUUAUGCUCAGCCUAGCGAGAGGUCCAUCAUGCAGAGUCAGAGCGUCAUGUUGGCUCUGGCUCUGAAUGAUGAGGUCUGGGUCCGGCUCUACAAAAGGGAGAGGGAGAACGCCAUUUACAGUGAUGAUGUGGAUGUUUACAUCACAUUCAAUGGAUACCUGGUGGCACCUACCCUCCAGUAGCGCUGGAAAUAAAAUGAGGAUUAGCAACACACCUGAUCUAGGUUGUUCUUUUUUUUUCUUUCUGUUUUUUUAAAGAAAGGAAUCAGCUUUAGUACAAGACAUUGUAAAAGUGGUGCUAUUAAAUAUUCCUCUCACCCUUGAGAGGAACAAAUGCUGUUUUCAUUAAUGGGUGCUGCCCAAAAACACCAAACAUACAAAGGAACAAUAGGUAGUAAAAAGCAGUAUUUGGAAAAAGAAACAAAAAUCUUUGUUUUGCACUUGAAUUACAUUUUUAUACAAAGUAGACCAUGUUUCCUUUUUUUUCUAUUAGUACAUCUGACAUUUUUUUUUUCAUGUUAUAUUUGUCAAAAUGAACACAGUUCUGGUGGGCUGCUGACAUAACUUUAGUAAAGGAUUCCUUUGUGGCCUUUAAAAGAAGACUCCAACAUGGCAGUUUCCAAAUUAUAGUAUUACUCACUGUACCUUUAAAUGUUUUAAUUGCAUACUUUAUACCAAAUGAAAUCAAAUCAAUUUUGCAGAAUUUUAAUAGUGUGUGUUUUUGGAUGAUAAAACAUAAAAAAUGUAUUAUGUUUAAACUUGAAUUAUAAAAAUUGUUAUUUUUCUCAUUCUUAAUAAAAGAUGGAUGCUACUUCCACAAUUAUGCAAUGGAAAAUAUAAAUGAAUGUAAAGACCAGAGAUUUGAAAUCAGAAGUUUACAUAUGCUGCAUAAAAAAAACCUCUUCACUGUCUGACACUAAAUUACCAAUUAUCUACACAUAUAUAUAUAAUGCCAGUAUAAAUCAUAAUGAAAGCUGUUACAGUUGAACUAAAAAGGGGGAUGUUUGCAAGCCGAAGAACACCAUCCCAAUUUUUUAGCACAAUAGUAUGCAGCACCAUGUUGUGAAGGUGUUUUGCUGCAGGAGGGAGUGGUGCACUUCCCAUUUAUAAAGAAAGACCAUUGCAUAAAUAUAUUGAAGUUACAUUUCAAAGCAUCAGCCAUGAAGUUAAAAUGUGGGUCCAAAUGAGUCUUCUAAAUGGACAAUAGUUUUAAGGAUAAGCCAAAUUAACUACAAAGUUCUUUUAGUAAGCCAUAAUCAUGGUCCCACACAGGUGAAGUUUUGUGGGCAGAACUGAAAAGGUGUGAGUGCCCAAGGCGGUCUACAAACCUGACUCAGUUACAACAGAUCUGUCAGGAGGAAUUGGGGAGCUUGUGAGAGAAUACAUAAGAUAUUUGACUUACAGUUUAAAUGACAACUCAACCAAAUACUCAGGAAAGUAUGUAUACUUCUGAUUUUGAAGAAGGUAAUCCGGUAUUCUUUCUAUUUUGGCAAUUAGGAAAUACAAAAUCUUUUUGGGAAUCCUGACUGACAUAAAAAAGCAGUUUACUGUUAUUUAAUGUCAGAAAAAGCAAAGGUUUUUGUAUGUUUUGUACAGUGCAUGUACAUUUCUGGUUCCAGCUGUAUUUUGGAUUCCUAAAAACCUUAUAUAGGUUCAAAAGAAUGUACUGUUCUGUUAUUGCUAGCCACAAAGUCUUCUUAAAUAUCACAAAGCUAUUUAGAUUCACAUUUUCUGUAUCAUAUCUUGUUAUACUAUUGUUAUACUAUUCAAGUCCCAUGCAGGUCUUUUAUCUUUUUCUCUGCUAAAUGCCCCCAGAAUACAUUUUGUUUUUGUUUAAAAUAAAGAAUACCCCUGGAGUGAGGCCCCCCAUAUUGUAAGUCUGACUGUUGGAAGUUUCUGUUUAUCGCUACUUACUGUAAACAUCAGCGUCCUUAGUAAGGACAAGGAAAGUUACUUGACCCAAAUUUAAAACACUUUUUUUUUUUGUCAGAGUACUGUAUCAAUAUUAAAUGAACUGAAAAGAGGCAUGGCUGAAAUUGGCAGUUCAGUCAUUACAGUAUCACAACAUUGCAAACCUCAAUUCUUUCAUUAUUGAUCCCCAUGCUAGUUAUGCUCUAGUUAGAUAUUCCCCUAUUAUCACACUAUCCUUGAUUCAUAAGACCCUUUACCUUAACAUGAAAACAGAAUACUCUGUUAGGUUUUAUCACAAAUCACUACCUGUUUAAUCCUUUAUCAUACUGCUUAAUUUGUAAAAUCCACAAAAAUCAGUGUCAAUAUUGAUGCUUUCUGGAGAGACAUAAAUACCCUUUCAUGGGUAAAAGGGUAUUUUUUGUCAUUUUAGAGAACUGAAUAUUACAAAACAAAUUAUAAAAUGAAUAACAAAUCUGCUGUGGGGGAUAAUCCAAGCAAACAUCAGGAAUCUAAUAAAGAAAUGCCUUGUACUCAUGCUGGAGAGACUACAAACUGCAGAGCAGUUUUAUGUAAAUAUGUGUGUAUUUCCUGUCUGUAAUGGCUUUUAUAUUUUUAACCACUCAUGAUGUUGAGGCUGUAAACAAUUUGUAAACAGUUUUCAUCUUUAUAUGGUAAUUUUGUGUCACUAAAACACUCGAAUAAAUAGAUAUUGCAUAAUUGUAUCAAUUUCA